UGUAACCUUGAAUUACCAAACUCAGAACCCUCCCAUAAGAUGACAUCUGAAGAGCUCUUCCAUUUGCCGCUCAACACCUACGUCAUCAUUUUGGGCAGCGGCCUUUUUAUUGUCAUGAUCUGCCUUAUCUUCUGCUGCUACCUGUUCAGACUCAAGCGACAAAGUGCAAGAGAACACUACGGCUACAAUGAGGUUGUUCUGAAAGGAGCGGGGAAGAAACUGAGCCUUCUUGGUCAAACAUGUGCCGUGUGCUUAGAAGAAUUUUGCAGCCGGGAUGAACUUGGAGUGUGCCCAUGUGCCCAUGCUUUUCAUAAGAAGUGUCUACUCAAAUGGUUAGAGAUCCGUAGUGUCUGUCCCAUGUGCAGCAAGCAAAUAUGCCGCCUCCAGCCCGAACCCUCACAAGCUCCAGAGCAGCCACAGGGUCUACUGGAGGGCUGAAAGAAAGGGUGCAAACAAACAUGAU